GGAUGAGCGAGGAGCAGGGAAGAGAGAGAGGGGAGGAGGAGGAGGAGGAGGACGGGGAAGAUGAGGAGGGGGCAUAAACAAAAACAGAGGGGAAACACACGGAGAGAGCGUGCCUGCUGAAUAUGUAUGUCUCUUUCCUUUUUGGACGCGUGCUGCAGCCGUCCUCCGCCCGGCCGCUCCUGGACCAGUCUGACGGUUUCCCCUCCACUAACACACUGUCGUUUUCCUUUAGGUGCCGGACGAGGAGGUGAACCACACAGACACCAUCAGGGUCAACACAGAUAGAGCACUCAGUUACUCAGCAGGCCACACUUAGCCGGUCUCCUUUGGGAAACUAACAUAUGCCGGCUCCCUGUGGUCAAGCCCUAUAAACACAUGAGAAGGAAGGAACACAGACAAACCAUGAAAAAGAUAUACAUUGGUAAAACAGCCUUAAAAGUCCCCCGAAAUGGAGGCAAACAUCCAAAAAAGAGCUCGUUGUUGGAGCAGAAGGAGGACUUGCGGAAGAGGCUUUCGUACACAACACACAAGCUGGAGCUGCUGCAGAGUGAAUUUGAUUCCACGCGGCAGUACCUGGAGACGGAGCUGCGCCGAGCACAGGAGGAGCUGGACAAGUUUACUGAUAAACUGCGCAGAAUACAAAGCGGAUACUCCGCGCUGCAGAGGAUCAACCAGGAUCUGGAGGAGAAGAUCCACAGAAAUUCGCAGCACCAUGACGACGAAAAGCGAGCCCUUAGCAGAGAGAUCAUUGUCCUCAACAACCACCUGAUGGAGGCGAAGCUCACCAUCGAGAAGCUACAAGAGGACAACCUGCCUGCGGACUUUCAGGAGCGACUCACCAUGCACCUGGAGGAUCCUCCGCUCUGUCACACCUACUCCGACUCGGUACCGGCCUCUCUCAUUGGCAAAGUGCUGGAGAAGCCGGACGAAGCGUGCAGCAGCAGCCAGGCCUCUCGCUCCCCGAGCCCGCAGGCGCAGGAGCACGCUUUCAUUUUGGAGAGCUUGGGCCCCGGCGAGCGCCUGGGGCUCCGCGCGGCCUACAAAUCCGACUUGUACAGCAGUGACACGGCUCUGUACUGCCCCGACGACCGCCACCGGGAGCGCAGGCCGAGCAUGGACCUCCACGGUCAGAGGAAGCUGCUGUACGGGCCCCAGAACUCCACCGACAGUAACCCGGAGGAGGGUUCGAUGGGGUUGCGGGCCGGCUUCUCCCAGGAGCACUUUGCCAAAUUUCCAGCCACUCUGGCCGGAGGGUCCAGCUCCUACUCCAGCUUCAGCGGAGGGGGGUCAGAGGACAAAGGCAACGGCCCGCCCAGCAGCGCGGCUUCCUCCCCACGCCAUCACUCCCUCUACAUGGAGUGGAGAGAUGCGGGGGACUAUGAGAGAAAGAGCGACUCCUCCUGGGAGAGGGACAGUCCGAGGGGCUUCGCCAACGCUCACCCCUUCCAGCAGACGGAGCUGAGCCACCACCAGAACGGCAGCUCGCCCGUCUACAGCCGCACCAUGUCCUCCUGUUUCAGUGAGCCCUAUGAGCCGCUCCCUCCAUCCUCCUCCCCGAGCGUCGCCUACGGAGACAGCCGCCGAGGCAGCACGUUAGCCCCCGAGGAGGAGGAGCUGAUCGGCCGGUGGAGACAGCUUAGCGUGGAGGACCUGAGCGCUCAAACCUACCGCAGCCCCGGCCGGGCCUCACCUUACAGCUUCUCGGAGCAGCACUUCUCUGUCCGCCCCGCCAAGAUCCGGCUCGGACCGCUUUACAGCAGUUUCCAGGAAGGGGCCGACUACUACCAUCACGGAGUGAGCGCCAUGGACCCGGUGUGGGUCGGUGCCAGCCCCAGCCCCGAAUGCAGCCCAGGGCUGCGGUCGGCGCACAGCCAAGCCCACCUGUACCGAGCCGAGGACAGCCAGGGGUCGGAGCACAGCCUCUACCACUCAGGGAGCUCCAAAGAGAGAGAAGGCAACGUGGCGGCGGGGGGCCAGAGCGCGGAUUACGUGGACCCCAGCCCCAACAGCUCCACCGAGUCUCUCAACCAGAGGUCCCUGGAGAUGGCGGCAGAGCUGCAGCACUAUCAAGUGGAGAUGCACAACCUGCCUCCACAAGUGAGCCCGUCGCCGCCGCCGGCUCCGCCGCCUCCUCCUCCGUACAACCAAACGUUCGGCACCCUGGGUCUUUCCAGGAAGGACAGUCUGACUAAGGCCCAGCUUUAUGGGACGCUUCUGAACUGAAUGACUCUACAAUCAGGUUCAAACUUUGAUAAGGUCGUAGACGUGAAGGCCCUGGCGCGUUCAGCUACGCCGUUUUUUUUUAAUAGAAGAUGGUUAAAACACGAGCCAGGAGCCAAAUAAAUCACAAACAUGUAACUACUGAUGAGUUGAAGGCGGUGGGCGGCAACUGUUUACCAGAGGAAGUAAGUCAUAGUAAGAGCUAGAAGCUUAGGGACAGACAGGGAGGAGCUCAAGCGGCUCUUCAAAUCUGUAGGAACGUUUAUGUAUUUAAAUAACGAAUGUACAAAUAUAUACUAAGUUGAUAUAUUUUGUAUGUAGCUGUUAGCAAGAUAUACAUCCAACACAAUCAAACCAAUCCAAUCGCAGAGCUUGUAUAUAAAUUUAAAAACUGCCAGCGCUAUAUUUGAGAUAUUUCAAUUGAGGCUCGCCCCCCCGUGAUGUUAACUGCGCACUGAUUCGUUUUUAUUUCGACCCGGCUAAAACGGAGCUGGCCUUGUGGAGUUUUACAGAAAGAGAAACAAACGAAUCCCUGAAAACGAACGCGGAGAAACCUACUUUUUGUUUUUAACUGACAGUAUCGAUGGGUGUGUUUUUAUUGUUCUUGAUGGAACGUUUUGAGAUGUAAACGUCUGUCUUAGCAGUCGGUAUUACUUUAUUUCUGCUCUUCUAUAUCCCUACAGAGAGGUUUUCCCUGACCCCACCCCCCACCCCCCCUCCCCUUUCUACCUCAAAUUUGGAUGCCCACACCCCACCAGGCCACUGUAACCCCCGUUUCUUUGACGACGAUGCAUGUUUAUAUAUUUUGGUUGUUUCGUUCGCCUAAUAAAGCACAAAUUACACACGGAA